AUGGCGUUUGCUGAAGUCCAUUUGAGUGAUAGGCUUCAAGGUGAUACCUGUCCAUGCUUUGAUUCCCGCCACACACAAGAGACUAAAAAGGCAUUAGAAGAAGAGAUGGAUGUGAGUCUCAGUCUAGAGGAAGAUGCAGAGGGGGAUCCCGAGGAGGAGGCUGAGGAGUUCCACGAGGAUAACGCUGAGGGGGGGUAUAAUGCUGAUAUGGAGGUGGAGGCAGUUGAUAGAGAAGAUAUUAUGAGUGAGAGUGAUAGUGAUAAUAUGAUGUGGGGAGGAGAGCCACCGGAACAAGGAGACAUUAUGAAGAUAGUGGAGCUUUCAGAUUCUGAGGAACAACUUGAUAUGAGUGACUCCCUAUCUGUAAAGGCAUCCACUGACUCAGAGAGCACAUCCGGUGACGACUUUGGGGAUGCUGAUUUUGAUCCUGAUCUUUAUGAACAGGACCGAGACCGUAUGGAUGCGUCACCUUUUACUAAAUGA